AGGUAUAAGUACAACAACUCUGAAUGGGUCGUUACGGGUAAGGCCGAGCCCCACAUGCCAGGGCGGUUCUACAUCCAUCUCGAUUCACCAGCCUCCGGAAACCACUGGAUGAAGCAGACGGUGUCAUUCCACAAGAUGAAACUGACCAAUAACAAUUUGGAUCAAAACGCUCAUAUUAUCCUGAACUCCAUGCACAAGUACCAGCCACGGAUACACGUAGUACAAGCAAAUGAUAUCUUUAGCAUGAGA